AUGGAGAAAAAAGAAGCCUGCAAAUCUGGAUAUGGAGUGUGUGAUAGAGCGGUAAUGAGUCAACCCAAUACUCCGGCAAAGUGGAACUCAAGGAUUCUGGACUGUUGCAUUGACAGGAGGGUCUGUUUGUGUGGUACCUUCUGUUCAAUGUGCCUAGCCUGUCAGAUGGCUGAGAGGUAUGGUGAAUGCUUCUGUCUCCCCCUACUGCCAACAACUAUGAUGAUGAUGCGCACAUCAAUGAGAGAGAGAUACAACAUCCCGGGCAGCAUAAUUGAUGACUGGGCAGUGCACAUGUUCUGUGGACCCUGUGCUCUAUGUCAGAUGGCAAGAGAGAUGAAACACCAACUGGGUCGAGAUUGAAAGGCAAUCAAUCCAUUUGAGUUUUGGGGGUCUGUGCAUACCUAAUAAAAGAAGAAGAAAAACACUGAUGGCUUUAUAUUACAUACAGUAUCUGAUGAAUUCCAAUUGAAUAAGUCAUGCAUGGAAUUUACAAAAAGGCCUAAUAAACCUGCAUGUACGAUUAUACAACU